GAGUGCUUUGCGAACUGCGACUUCCUUCUGGUAGUUGUAGUCCACAAAAUACAGUCGUUUCCGUGUAUCUAGCUACGUUAGGUGGUGGAAUCUGCUCUCCAAAGACAAGCACAUGUGAAAUUAUUGAUCAGGGUUUGUGUGAAUUUAUGGAAACAUGUCAAAGAAGCGGGGCAGGAAGCGUAGCAGUGGAGAGCUGAGUGAGAGCUCGGCGUCGACCCUGUGCCCGGACCCAGACAACCUGCUGGGCCGAAGGAUCCAGCACACCUGGAGGGAGAAAGGGAACGUAACCAAGUGGAAAGGCACCGUUCUGGAGCGCCUGACUGUCAACAGCUCCCUUUACAUGGUCAAAUACGACGGCUUUGACUGUGUCUAUGGCAUUGAGUUGUUCAAAGACAGUCGGGUGUCAAACCUGCAAGUGUUGUCAGAGAAAGUCGUGAAUAAUAAGAUCAAGGUGCCUCCCGGGGCGGAGGAGCUUGUGGGGCGAGCUGUGGAGCAUCUGUUUGAAAAGGAGGAUGGUGAGAAAAACGAGUGGCGAGGCAUGGUGCUCUCCCGAGCCCCGAUCAUGACCCACUGGUAUUACAUCACCUAUGAGAAGGACCCAGUGCUGUACAUGUACCAGCUGUGGGAUGACUAUAAGGACGGAGAUCUGCGCGUGCUGCCAGAGUCAGAGAACAAACACCUGCUGCCAGCAGACAGGAAGCCUGGGGAGGAGCCAGAGAGCCUGGUGGGGAAACAGGUGGAAUACGUCACAGAUAACGGUCUGAAGAGGACGGGCUUGGUGAUCUACCAGGUCCCAGCCAAACCCACAGUGUACUACAUCAAAUAUGAUGAUGACUUUCACAUCCACGUCUACGAUCUGGUGAAGACCACCUAGUAGUGACUGUCCAGUUUCAUCUUCAGCUGACGGCUCAUUUUUGCUUUAAACCAGUCGUUACCUGUUAAAGUGUUACAGAUUUAAUUUUGCCUCCAGUGGGAAGUGACGUGCCGAACAACCCCUUAUCCCCCCUUUUCAUUUUAGGUUAAAUUACUUUGCCUUCAAAGGCUUUGUUCUUUCUCACAUUACAAGACAUCUUUGUUUCUGAUCCUCAGUUUUAGGUUGAUCUUAAUUUGCGACUCCUCAGUGCAGAGAAAGUGGGUCUGAGGCCAGUUGUAGCCCAGCAGAUGAAAUGGAGCUAGACAUUUGUUUCCUUAAAUCACACCUUAUAAAGCAUCUUUCAAACUAUAAAAUCAUAUUUUUUUUAAGCAACACAAAAAAAUCUGCUUUCUUACAUGUUUUAAUCAUGUUUCAUUAUAUUUUUAUGUGUCGCUGCCACUCUUUAUAGUGGCAAGACAUGUCUGCUGUGCUUUAAGUGUCACUUGGUAAAGUAACAUUUUACCAUCAGUAAAACAAACUCCAAUUUCAGUUGAAGUGUAAAGGAAAUGAAUGAGACUUGACUGUGCUUUAUAUCAUGGAUGAAAAACACAGAUUAAUCUGAAAUAUCACGUGUCAUAUUUCUGUUGUGGUUCAUCUUAUGAGGUUUAACAAUAUAUGAAAAGUACUGAUGUUACCGUCAAGUUGUUUCAGCUGUGUUUGUGCUAAAAACUAUUUAAGUAGUUAAAGUUAGCCGCCAACAUGUUAUUUGCAUUUUUGACUCAAGUUCUUUUGCCAAAAGAUAAUGAUAUGAUAUCAUAUAUUCAGUCCUCAAAAUAUUGUUAAUUGUGACUCUCGGUAUGUUUUGUUCUGUAAAUAUAAUCUUGAGACAUUUUUAUGAACGUUAAACAAAGCUGCUCGAAAUCAUUUUCUUGUCCAGUCAUUUUGAAAUGUUGUUUGUGUUGCGGUGAUUAUUUUGUUGAUUCAGGUGAAUGUAUUCAUCAUGGCUGUAAAAUGCAUUAAUUUAUUCCAAUGACGAUCAGUUGCUUACAUUUGGUAGGUUAGCUGCUCCCCAUAAAGUCUUUAUGAAGCAUCAA